AUGAUAGAAAGAACAAACAGAGUAGUUAAGGAUGCAAUUGCAUCCCUAGCAAAUACAACACCAACUCGAUGGGAGCAGCUUAUCCCACAGGUGAGGCUGGCUCUUAACAGCGCUAUUCAUCGUAGUACAGGAGAUCAGCCUUUAUACUUAAUGACAGGUCAUCAUGGUCAUUUUCCUGUUGGACUAACCAACGAUCUUAUCUACAAUUCAGAUUCAUCUAGAGCCUUUUAUAAUGCUCUCAAUAUAGCUCGUAAGGUAGCCCUCGAGACUACAAGAACCGCAAGGGAACAGUGGACACGAGAUUACGAUAAGCGGUCCGCCAAACCAAAGGCAUUAGCUGAAGGAGAUCUCGUCUUAUAUAAGAAUCGAGUUCGUAAGACUGGGGUAGAUAAACUGCAAAAUCCACGCUGGUCAGGUCCUGCACGCAUCAAAAAGAAGAUCGGUCCUGUUACCUUUUUGCUGAAAGAUAUUUAUCAACCUUUUAAUGAAAAGCAAUACCACAUUAAUGACUUGAAACCCUUUAAAGUCUUGGGUGAGAUCACUUACCCAGAUUUGUAUGAUGAAUAUAGUCCUGAUUUUGUUGAUCCACUUUUGGAUGAUGAUGCUGAACCAGGUGUAAUGCUACUUGCAUCCUGUAUCUAA